AUGCUAGCGGCAUCUCUGCACGGCCUCGACACUGCAGGAACAACGGCUGGCAACCAAAACAUCACCUUUUCUUAUGAAAGUUCUCAUGUCUCCCAACGUAUUGAUAAACUUGCCAUCCUCGGACCCACUUUUACGUUUGGACGAGCAGACCUUCAGCCCAUGGACUAUUCUUUGGUUGUGCAAGGAGGAGAUGAAGGCUUCGCCGCUGUCGUUCGGGGAAGCUACAACAUCUACGAUCCGUCUGGAGGACCCACCGGUUACACUGAUGGACUUUUGGCGGAGUAUCUAAUCUCCGAUGCACACAAGUGGGAUCCGCUCUUGGUUUCGACAAUCCUCUCGAAUGGCAACUUUACCUCCCGUCAAGAAGAAAUUUUAUCAGGAAUGGCAUUUCAAGGUGGUCAGUCGACCCAACUUCGAACAUUGCGAAGGUGCCCAAUGCUAACGGAGCAACAAGUCCACGAUGAACAACUCGGAUUAACGGUACUGUUUGAUCCACAGACUAACCUCCCAUACAUCAUUCGCUCUUACGAAGAUCACCACUUCUUUGGCCCUUCCACACAUGAUCUGAAGGUCUCGGAUUACGUUACAGUGGGUGGAGUCCAACUGCCUACACGUUUUAAAACGAUAUACAACAACAAGCACUUGCUUGGAGACUAUCGCGCUGAUGAGGUCAUGGUAAACUCCCAGCUCUUGAGUGAUUUUUUCAGUGCUCCCGGGAACAGCACCGUUCCUGAAACAAGCAUUCCAAUUCGUGACCCGGAAUACUCGUUUGCAGAAAUUGGAGAACUUGCAGCGAUCCACCUCUGGGGUGGUGCCUAUCCUGGAUCAUUGGAUGUUCUUGAAGCCACUCAACCUCUUGCAGAUGUGCCAGGCCUCUGGGAACUUAACAUCGCAGGUGGUAUGGGUAUGCGCCAAGCAGUUGUUGAGCUUGCUGAUGGGUCCGUCAUUGUUCUUGAUGCACCGCCGCAUCAGAGCAAAGUCAUCAUUGAAUGGGCCAAUCAGACGCUUGGGAAGGCAGUGACUCAUGUUUGGCCGACACAUCAUCACCACGACCACGCUUUCGGUGUUGCGGACUUCGUCGCCAAUGGGGCCCAGUUGAUCGUUCCCGAACAGGCUGUCGAUUACUAUUCUGGGCUCAACCUCAAAAGAGAUCAGGUCCUCACUUACAAGUUCGGCAAGCCUCUUAUGCUUAGUGAUGAGCAGACACAGCUGGCUCUUGUAGAUAUGCAAGCUACGAUUCACGCCCACGACCACGGUUAUGCUUAUAUUCGCCCCGCAUGCCCGGCUUCAAACAGUUCUACUGCAAUCUUCGAUGCUGACCAUGGAAACUUGAAUUUCAUCGAAGAGUUCGAUCAUAACGCAAUCGAAGAGCUUGUCGCAGCUCUAGCUGCGGAUGGUGUUGCAUCGAAUGCUAAGUAA